UACAACAGUCAUUAGAGCGCGAGAGGCCAAUAUUACGACUUCGUGUAUGUUAAUCUUAUUAAAAUUAAAAUGGACAAAUUUGUCAUUAGAAAAUCAAACACAAAGGAGUCAGAGUUACAACAGAGUUCACAAAAUAAUAUCAGUAAUGUUAUAUCAAUAUCUUCAUUUUCAAAAAAAAGUAAUCAACCCAUUCUUCCUUUAAUUGAAACAAAAAAUCAACCAUCAAGUAGUUUUAUUUUUCCAAAACACAAAAACCGAUCAUUUUGUGCAAAGUGGUUUGAAACGUUUACCUGGCUUCAUUAUGAUACAUCUAAAGAUCGUGCAUUUUGUUUUGAUUGUAUUUCAUUCUAUCACAAGACAAAUAAUAAAUUAAAUAAACACACCGAGUUAUCUUUUAUAGUAGAUGGUUUUAAAAAUUGGAAAAAAGCAUCUGAAAAAUUGCGUUCCCAUGAAAACAGUAAAAUGCAUGUUAACUCUAUACAUUAUCUUUUAAGUAUCAAUUCUAAUUUACCAGUCAUUUCUUUGUUGUCUAAACAAAAAAUCGAAGAACAAAAAAAUGCAUCUACUGCUUUAUUAACAAUAAUAAGUACUUUGCGAUACCUUAGUCAGAUGGGAUUAAGUAUCAGAGGACAUUCUAAUAAUGAUGGCAAUUUUAUUUCUUUAUUAGAAGAAAGAUCUCUAGAUGUUCCUUGUUUAAGAAAUUGGAUACAACAAAAAAACAACUGGCUUAGUUCAGAUAUUCAAAAUGAAAUAUUAGAAAUAAUGUCAUUAAAUGUACAGCGUGAACUUGUGAAAUCGAUUAAAACAUCAGAGUAUUUCUCUAUAAUUGCUGAUUCAACUACUGAUAUUUCUUCUGCAGAACAAUUUUCCUUGUGUAUUCGUUAUGUCGAUUCAAAUUUUGAAGUUCAUGAAGUAUUUACUGGUUUAUAUAAUACACCUGAUAGUAAAGCGUUAACAUUUUUUGACACGAUUAAAGAUAUUUUAAUAAGAUUUACUUUAUCUACAUCAAAUUUAAGAGGUCAUUGUUUUGAUGGAGCUGCUAAUAUGUCGGGCAAAUUGAAUGGGGUCAAAAAAUUAAUUGAAGAUGUUCAACCCAAAAGUUGUUUUGUACACUGUAGUAAUCAUUCAUUGGAUUUAGCAUUACAAGAAGUUGCAAGAAAAAAUAUUUCCAUGUGUGAUAUUUUUACUAUGGUCAGAGAUGUGUCAAAUGCUAUUCUUGAAUCUGCUAAGAGAAAAAGUAUUUAUGAAAAUAUAGUAUUAGAGCCAUGUUAUCAUUCGUCUAAAUUGGAUAGUAUAAAACAAAACCUACUUCCAUUUUGUCCAACUAGAUGGUCUGUAAGGGUUAAAAGUUUAAUAAGAUUUUUAGAUAAUUAUAGUAGAGUUCAAAAAACAUUGGAUGAAAUGCUUUCAGGAAGUGUUUGCAUAGCAGAUGAUAGAAAAUCAACACUAAGAGGAUAUGUGAAAAAAUUAAAAAAAUUCAAAACAAUGUUUUUUUUGACUAUUGCAAUACAUAUCUUUGGUCCAGUAGAACAAUUAGCAAAAGUGUUACAAAAUCCUAAAUUUUGUGCAUCUGAUUCUAUUAAAGCUGCUGAUACAUUGAAGAAAACAUUACUAUCAUUCAGAACUAAUGAAAAUUUUGAAAAGAUAUUAAAUACCGUGAAUUUACAUGCUGAAUUAUGUAAAUUAGAACCACUUGAAGACAAUAGACGCAUCCAAAAGACACCAAAACGACUUCAAUAUACAAAUAACCCUUCUACAAAAUUAUCACCAAUAUGUGAACUGAAGAAAGAUAUGUUUGAAAUAAUUGACUAUUUAAUAAAUGAAAUUGAUAGACGUUUUAAUCAACAAGGUCUAAAAAACUUGGUUAAAUUAGAAAACAUACUUGUAGAUAAAAAAACAAAAACUCACCAAGAACUUAAUAAUUGUUUAAAUAAUAUGAAUGAAGAUUUUGAUGUAAAUAAGCUUCAUGCACAGCUUCUUAUGUUGCCAUCUAUAGUAUCUACCACUACUAUUUCAGAUAUUAUUAAUAUUUUGAGAAAUGAAUAUUUAAAUGCAAAAGAUACUUUGUUUUCUGAAAUCACCAAACUUAUUAAAUUAAUUUUAACAAUACCAGCGUCCGCAGCGACAGCAGAACGUUCUUUUAGUGCAUUGAGAAGAUUAAAAACAUAUUUGAGGUCCACAAUGACCCAAAAGAGAUUAACUCAUAUGAUGAUUUUACAUGUUCAUAAGUCAAUGACAGCAAAAAUUGAUUUGAAGUUAAUUGCCAAAGAAUUUGUUUCUAGAACUUCACAAAGAAAAUCAACAUUUGGAAAUUUUCAUUAAUA